GCCUUCGACGCCCUGCGAUUUUUUUCACCAAGUGGCGUCCAGUACUUAUUUUGGUUCGUGAGCAUCAAGGUGGCACAGCACAAAAGUAUUCUCGAAAAUUAUCAGCUCGGUUCUGGCGUCGAUGUCGAUCUUCUUGUCGUCUUCUGCGUCGUGAUCUUUUCGCGCGCGUCACUAUUGCGAUCUUCCGCGGGUUAUGUUUAAACGGUGACGGUCUCGAAAUGACGGACGAAUCUGAAGAGUCGUCGCCCGGGCUCGUCCACACGACCACCACAGGGGAACCACGGGGGAAGAAACUGCAUGGUGAGGACACAACCCGUGGUUCGAGUUCGUCCCGCUUCGGCGCCGAGCCGGGUAGCGGUAGCGCAGCGAGCAGGAGGAAUUCGAAUUACCUCGAGCCGACGUUAGACACCUCAUAACGAAUUGCUUCUCGUGCGCGCCACAGAACUACCCAGUAGUGGUUUAUUACCGACGAGCGGCGACGAAACGGCUUUUACAAUUUUGCUGUUGGUCGCGUUCCUGCAGAGAGAUGAGUCUGCAGGUCGUAAAGUCGAGAGCCAUGCUCCGGCUCUGCAGAAGCAGAUGCUUUGCCUACUGCCGGCGUUUCGUUCUUUUGCCAUUUCUCCUCUUCUCACCGGCCUACCGACGGGGGGUUUUGGCGCAGCUCCAAGCCGGCGGUUCCCCGGUUUGUCCCUGUAUCGACCCCGUGGCGCUGGGGAAGGUCGUGCCCGAUAACGGGACGCUGUCGUAUACAAGCGGCGGAACGACGUGAGAACAAGAAGUUGCUUUCAUCUCCUGUAGUACUACUGACUCGACGUGGUUUCAUCUCUGCUGAGGCGCGUAAUGUUGACUGUUGAUCCUUUCGUGUAGUCGUGUAGUUGGUGCAAAGACGGUGCAGGAGCGCAAAAAAGAUUCGUCUGUCACAAGAGAACGACUCUCACUUUCAAUAUCUUCAUUCAAGGUACACCCUAAAACAAACCUACGGGUCCUCGUGUGACCAGUGGGAUCUGGGCAGCACGCAUUUCGGGGACGUUGUAUAUUCAGGAUGCAACGGCAACCCCGCAACCGAUCCGGCGUGGUGCCACGACAAUUGGUGUUAUGUGGAUCCCUGCGAAUGUGCCAUGGACGACGCAGAGCAGACUGGCCUGUUUGCCACCCAGUUCCCGGACACCGCAGUAAACCUCGCGUACAGUUACAAAACCUGCGCCCAGUGCCACCGCAGAAUUUCUUCAAAUACCUGCCAACUCCCCGUCGGUCCGGAUACACACAGCAAGUGUCAAUGGGACUCCGUGAAUUCCAAUUGUACGGAGAAGCAAAACAGCAACCCGGCCUUGUCUGCCGCCGCAAUCAGCUGCGCCGCCAAAACCGAGGACACGUGCGGCGGGCAGAUGAAUCUGAACUGUCAGUAUGACGCCGCAUCAGCGACCUGCAGCCUGGCGACGCAGGAGCAGCGGGAAAGCGGCUGGGGCUGCCCGUUUCCGAAGAGCGGCGACGAUCGGUGCAAAUGCCUGAGUCCGAAGGAGGUGGGGUUCUUACCCGCAGCGGCGUUCGACGCGAACAACCAAAUCGCGUACACGAGAACGUCGGCGGCCGGGACCGUGCGGAAUUUGUCUCUCCCCGGGGACUACGGGGCCUACUGCCUCCCCUGGGACCACAUGGACACGCUGGGGUUCGAUUUUUACGGGUACGACGACCCCUCGACCUGCGGUGGAGACCCCACGGCGGUGCAGCCGCACUGCAAAAAGCAAUGGUGCUACGUGGACCCCUGUUCCUGCGACAUUGGGGUGAUCAGUCAGACCUCCAUGUUCGCAAGUCUCUACCCCACCGCCCAGGGCCUGGCCUACUCCUACGCCCCGUGCGCCAUGUGCAACCAGCGAGGGAUGUCCAGGAAAAAACACCCAUCCCAAUCCAUUUUUUGCAUGACAAGUACUGGAUUUUAUACGUUUUUUGCAUGACAAAUUGGAUGGGGAUGGGUGUUUCUGUUUUUUCCUCGAUAAGGGACGAAGGCAGCAUGUGAAGCGAGCUUGUCCUGUAUGAGGGUGCACAACUCCCCCUCCCCCUCAUUUGUCAUGCAAAACCCUAAAUCCAGUCGUGUCGCUUCCCUGUACCUUAGUUUGUAUGAAAAAUUUCGAAAGCCCAAACAGUACUAUAGAAGCUGCAUGUACAAAUUUGUAAUGCACAAGCUCCAGGUCCAGGGUCGACGGCGUUUGUACUGCUGUUCAUGCUAUACAAAUGAGGGGGAGGGGGAGUUGUGCACUGCCACUGUCAUAUCCUGUCGCUGGGACGCCAACGCAGAAUUCUGCAUGGAUGCCGUGGACGUAUUUUUUGAGUUUUAUAUCUUGAUAGGUACGUAGAGGAAGCUGGAAAUAGAGUAGGCUUGUGUAGCUUUUUGGAUGUUCUCUCGUUUUAUUCGCUGCUGCAAACCGCUCCCGAUACGAAUGAAUGUGUAUGAAUGCGAGGACAGACCACAUUACCAUCGUGGCAAAAGAAAAAUUUCGAGUCCCUGAAGAUAUUUAUCAACCAACCACCCCAGACCACGGUCGCUGCCCAGGACUGCGCGGCGCGAAGCCAAGCAAACUGCGGCGGCGUGGCCAACAAAAACUGCCUCUGGGAAAACGGGCAGUGCAGCUUGCAAUCGUUGGACGCGAUUAAGGCGGCGUUUGGAUGCGGGUACUUUUUCCAGGUCCCGGCCGUCGCCAACCCGCCGAAUUCGCGGUAUUACUCCUGUUCCACGCGCGUCGGGGAGUACAUUUACUACUUCGGGGGUAGCGGCUCGGACGAGCUCUGGCGGUUGAACCUCGGGCUGAAUAUUUGGGAAAGACUCGUCAGUACCGAUGACACAAGAACCCCGAAGGGACGGACGGGGUGCGCGUUGGUGUAUGACCCGAAGGGAAGCGUUUUAUACCUGUAUGCCGGCCAGGACGAAAACGCGAUGCAGUUAGACGACUUGUGGAAAUUCUCCCUCGCCUCGACCACGUUUGGGCUGUGGAUCGAGGUGAACACGGGUGUUGCCGCAAAGCCGAGUCCACGGCAUCGACCCGCGCUUGCGCUGUACGAGGGACCCGGCACCAGCCCUGAGGCGAGCCACAAUUUGCUGGUGCUCUACGGCGGCCACAGCCGCACGGUGCAAUUUGCAGACUGGUGGACGUUCAAUACCACGACGGAGGCCUGGGCUGGUCCCGUUUUCGCCGGGGGCCCCCUGAUCGAGCCGCGGGCGGACAUGGAAUUACUGCAGUACGACGCCACAACGCUAUUCGCGUGGGGCGGCACCGCGUACCCCAAUUCCGUGGCGGAUUACGAUUCGGGGUUCAUGAUCGAUAUGACGCCCGGGUUUGCGUCGUUUCUACGACGGUACUACGUGAACAUCACUGCGGACCCGGUCGUGCUAGCCCGCGCAACCGGCUUUGCAGCGACCUCGGGUGGGAAGCCGACGGCACGGUACUUGACCGGUAUGGUGAAAUACGGUGACUACGUGUAUUUGACGAUGGGGUAUUCGUCCGUAUCGGGCGCGACCUUUCAAGACACCUGGGCGCUGCAACGGACGGAUACUUUAUCCUCCACCGCGACAACCAAGGGAAGCUACCAGUGGGUCUCGCUCCUGGAUGAGGACGCCAGUUGGACUUCGGGUAAUCACACACUCCGCGCCGCUUUGGCCGCUUCGUACUCCGGGGAUGGCUGGACGGGGAUGGCGGUCAGCGCCUUCAACGACCGCCUGUAUCUCGGCGGAGCGUAUUGGAGCCCGUUAGGGUCUUCGAACGCGGUCAGGUUCUUGGAGAUCAAGAAUAGUAGUAGCUUGACGAAUAACAUCGGCUCGGUGUGGGGCACGGACUGCCGGGCGGCGCAGGCCGACAGCGCGAACGCGACGAACUGGGCUGUUUUACCAAAAUACUGUCGCUGGCAAACGGUGCACACCAAGGUCGCGUCGCCCGCGCCGCGCAGGAACCACGGAGCCGUGGCAUUGGUUGGUUACCUUUACGUGUUCGGCGGACUGGGAAACGCGGGGGCGGAGUUGGCCGACAUGUGGCGGAUGUCGCUCAUGUCGAGCGGAGCUGCGCCGACUACCUGGGAACCGGUUAGAGCGUUUUUAGAUUUUCAUUUUUCUUCGUGUUUUUCAUUCUUUCUCUUUCAUUGGAGCUAGUUGUGAAUGUGGUCACAACCUGUGAAGACUCCUACAAAUAAAACAGGUAAAUCCCUCUUCCUUGGGUCGUGCCAGCAACUCGCCACCGGCUCGACAGCAUGCGCUUGUCGUUCGGUGGGAGUACAUGAUGUUUAUACACGGCGGGUGCCGAAACCUUCCCGGGGCCAGCAGCUGUGGAAACUCCGGGGGAAGUGACGCAACCUACCUAGACGACGCCUGGCUGUACGAUCCGAUUUACAACAAGUAUGUGUCCUUGGGAUCGACCCCGAUCCCCCUUGCCCGCGCGUGCGGCGCCGCUAUUGGGAGUUUUGUGUACAUUUUCGGCGGUGUGACGUCUACCGGGGCGAACGAUAAACUCUUUCGCUUCUACGUCCGGGGAAGGCGGUGGGAGCAACUCGCCACGGGCACGCCCAUUUCAGAUUGCGCGAUGGUGCCGCUGCUACAAGCCGGGUCCAACACGCUUCUCAACGGCAAAAUCGCAAUUCUGCUGGGCGAGACCACCGGACAAAGCUCGCCAAAGCUGGCGCAAGUCUUCGAUGCUUCGUCCUUGAGUGCCACGAACUUGGCGGCCGUGGUGCUGAGCAGGAGAUUGGAAGAGAGGGGAAAUAAGAAGCGAAGAUCUUCUACUUUGCGGGAAGUUUUUGAAAGUAGAAAAAGAACGCUGUCUACUAAGCGGGAAGAGUUAUCAGAGCCCUCUGAAUCGUCCAAGUCCACCAAAAAAGGUGCUGCCUGGCGAGUACUAGAGGGCGAGGAUUACAACGACCUGUCGGUGCCGGUGAGGGAUGCUGGUAAUCUUGACGAAAUUCCUUUUCCAGCAAGCGAGACACGGUUUCUCCGCCGCCGAGCAGGGCCUCCAAGAGCAGGGUUCGUUUCGUUUGGCCAAUCUAUGAUGAGGCAGGAAUCACCUGGAAGUGGUCCUGCUCGCGAAGCAGACGCAAACUCCGCCGCGGACGACGAGGAGGACAAUCACCAGCAUCUUCGAGCCGACCCCCAGUUGUUUGUGUAUGAGGAAAUAAACCGGCUCGAUGGCCGUGCCCUGUUCGAACAUAUCGAGAACGACAUUGCCCUUCACGGCCCCCGCGUGCGCCAACUCACGACAGCGACGGGCGGUAUUUCGAACAGGAAGCACCUCGAGGCGGGGACGACAAAUCUCCCUACUCUGACGACAAACUCGUGGCCGACGUUUUCCGUGGACAGCGAGAUUCCCCGCGGGCAGAUGGCCUACGCUUCGGUGGGAGACUCCGUGUACUUCUUCGGCGGAAAAAUGUGGAGCACUUUGUACGUUUCGGAGAGUAGCCAGGUGCUGCAGCUGAAGCUAGACCAGGAAACGGGAGCGGCUGUCAACGCGUCUUUGGUGAGCAAGUGCCCGACCGUGGAUAUGGCGUUCUCAAAUGUUACAUUCUCAGCUUUUGCGUGAUUUGUCACGCAAAAAGAGCAUCACCGUCCAGCUCACACGGCGAAGCUACUUCGCGUGACAAAUUUUGGAAGGCUAAACAGCAUGUGCAUGGGAAUCUGUGCCGAAUUUGUAAUGCAAGAGUUGCACGCCCCGGCCUUUCCCUGUUGCCAUUCUUGCAUUGCGAAUUCAUGUAACAGUUGAGAGUGUAACAAUUGAGAAGCCCAUAUCGGACGGCUUCUGCUUUGCAAACCCACUUUCCCGGGCCGGCAAGGUGUUCCAGAUGACGCAGCUGAAGGCCGUGCACCACGAUCGGAGGUUUAUUCUCUUUGGCGGCGAGGUCGACGGCCAGGCAACCAACGCCAUGUUCACUUUUGACGUGAACACGGUCACGGAAAGCGCCACCAUCUGCUCGCCCGGGACAGAGCGACAGGUGUAUGCACUGCAAAAGCAUCGCACUCGUAUAAAUGCCAGACUAGCAACAUGACCACAAAUCUGGUCUCUUAGGUAAUUUAGCUGCAUGACAAAAUUUUUAAAAUUUUUCAUGCUGGAUGCAGUUUAUACUAUGAGCGGAGUAACAACUAAGCCAACUAACUCGGCUCCCCGAGUUAGUCACCCGGCCGGCCGAAUCCGGGCGGCCGGACGACUAACUCGGGAUUCUAAGCGCGAAAGUUUUUCUAUAUAGCGACUCUGGGGCCGACGACUUCCGUCAGAGGUGUGUUUUGAAAACGUCCUGGCAACAUAUGCAAUUCGUGCGGUUUUGUGCAUAGUUUUUGUGCUUUCAUUAAAAAACUAGCUUCAGAAGUCGGAAAGCGUGUAAAGUUGUUGCGCUUCGUAAAUGUUAGCUUCACGGCAGGGAAUAUCUCGUCGUGACAAAACAGGCAGACCGCCUGCGUUGCAAAGAAAGCGAAAACGCUGCCCCGCCGACUUUCAAAAAAGACCCCAAGCGCACAAAUAGCAUGCACAAAAGCACACAUCCUCAUAGGGAAUUCCGGCUGUCACAGACUGCGCGAUCGUCGGCCCUUGCCAGCACGAGUUGCCUGCUAACUAGUGGUCGCCACGAGUUACCUGGCUAGGGAACUCGUGCGCGGCGACCAGUCUCGGUCGCCCGAGUGAAAAACUUUCGCGCUUAGAAUCCCGAGUUAGUUGGCCUAGUUGUUACUCCGCUCUAUUGCGAUGUUUUAGAUUUUGCAGUGCAUAAGGUGAACGCGUUAACAAAUCGCGUCAUGUGCACCGCUUGCGCGGCUGGCAAAUACAGUGCUGAUGGCGUGACGUGUCUCCCCUGCCCCGCCGGGACGGCGAGUGCUGCGUUGGGGCUGGCUUCCGCUCUGGGGUGCGUGAGUUGCCCCGCUGGCACGUACAGUGACACUGUGGGUGCAACUAGUUGUAAGCCGUGCGACCAUGGUGCGCAAGUGUGUCCGAUCGGCAGCACCUCCAACCCCAGUGCGGGCCUAGGACCCAUGCCGGCACGCCCGUCCUUCACGGGCAGCGGUGCGACGUGUGCCGUCUCACCGGUGACAGUCACUCCGCCGGAAGCGUAUAGCACAGCGGAGGAAUUGCUUGAACAGAUACAAAAGUACUAAAUUUCUCUUUCAUUAUGAUUCAUUUGCGAUAAAACUUUGUCAUCACCUGGCACUGCCCUUACACUAUCACGUUCUGUUUGCUCUGAGGAAUCGCAUUCGACUGAAUGUUGUAUUACUUGAACGUAUAUGAUAAACUGAUUUGACGCCGGCGGUGGAAGCAGUAUUGUAGCAAAUCCCAACAUGAUCAUGAUCAUGAUUCAACAUUUAUUUAUUUCAGCUUCGUCCUUGCGACCGGUUGCGUCAUUUUCUUCCUCGUUCUCAUCUCUCUCUAUGCCGCGUACGCCGUGAAAGGCGGAGAUUGGGUGCGGCACCGGUUUACAAAGUUCGAUUUUCUCUUUUCCACAAUUCUCGCGGACAAGGACGGGGACAGCCACCCCACCGCUGUCGGCGGGAUUGUGACCAUUGUUGCGGUGCUACUUUUGCUGUAUCUCUGUGGCGCGAUGAUUCUGGCGCUUUUCCUGGAUCCCGUGCGAGAGGAGAAAAAGGUGGUGCCCACCUUCGUAGCCCAGAGCAUGUUGGAGGAAGUAUGGUUAGAAAAAGCGUCCCCACAGCAAAGUCAAGAUGCGAUGAGGCAUCUGCUACACAAAUCCACGAGUUUUGGCUGUUGCGCAUGACAAGUUUCUGCGGCUCGUAGUGUAGUCCUGUUUUGCGCUAGCUAUUGCAAGAGCCGCAUCACAAACGUACUACCUUAUCCUGGUUUGGGCAUGGUAAAUCCCAAAGCAGCAUCAGAGAACGCUCUGCAUGGGGUUGCGCAUGAGAAGCAUUAGCAUUUACUUAUACGCGUGUGCCACUGUGCAUGACAACUUUCGGGGGCCGGGGACGUUUUUGCACAGGAUAGGAAGCGGGCGACAAGAUGGACAAGAACAUCGAGGACAAGUUUACCAUGUACCUCAUCGCGACCGCCCUCGGGUACAACAAGGCUUGCGUGUACAGCAAUGUCAACAACUCCUACGCCUGCCACCCCUCGGCGGCAGCUUCGAACCCGUUCUGCGGGGGCGGUGGGUCAACGUCGCUGUUCUGCGAAAAGGAGGUGGAGGUGUCUAACACGACAACCUAUCCACAGUAAAUUUCCCGUACACGACGCGCAAAUGCCGUUUCUGCAUCACAAAGCUUCCCUUUAAUCCUGUUCGGCAUGACAAGUGGUCUGCUCUAAGUUGCUGAAGUUUAUUUUGAUGCAUGUUGUACAUGUACGGGAAAUUUGUAUUGCAUACAACCAACUGCAAGAUGACCUGGGUAUGUAAAGAUUGCCAGUUCGGCGUGGGGGACGACCGCAUCGUCGAUCUGAGCUUCGGCGAGCCGGACGCGCAGGCCACCGGGCUGGUGGCGGAGGUGAGCACGACAAGUUCGAUCCCGCCGAAGGACGUGCAAGGCAGCGACGAGUACACUCCGGACACGCUGUCCAAGAUUUUGACCACGUUCACGCCGUCGAGCAGGCGGAUCUUCAAGGGCAUCGACCCGAGCACGCUGAAUCUCAAGGCGGUUCCGGCGAUCUACACCUUCGGCGACUCCGGGCCGGAGUGGGACGUCAUACGCACGGGGUUGCAACUGGAGUACAGCAGCCUCUCCAAGGGGUCGGAGGCCACGGAAUCCGAAACCCCGUUCGUCGAGGGACUGCACCUCCGGGUCACGUUCGCGAAGGCGUCCACGACUUUGGUGACCAUAUCCUAAACAAAACCGUCCCCACCCCAGACUUCUCAAGAUGGGGGGGACAAAUCCAUCAGCUUUGGUUGUUGCGCAUGACAAGUUUUGCCCGUAGUGUGAUUCUGUUUCGCUUGUUCAGCAGCAUCACAGUAGAUCUAGCCCAUCGCGCUGCUUGGAGCAUUACAAAAUGCAAAACAAGACUAGAGAAUGCAUCUAAUGGGGCUCCGCAUGCGAAGCAUUCUGAUCAUGCAGCUUAGCAUGACAGCUUUGGGGUGCUGGGGAAGUUUUUACUCAGGAUAAACCAACCGCUUUACGCAGUACGACCUGGAGGUGGUAAUCGGUGCGAUGGGCGGGUUUGCGGAGAUGGUGAUCGGCGGUCUGGGCAUUUCCGUCCUCGCGCUCGCGCACAUGCAGAAAAAGCGCCGUGAAAGGCGCAAGGUUGACAAGACCAAGGUGUGUGUGGUCGAGGUCUGGGCGCAGGCUAUGGCGCUCUCAGCUGUUACAUUCACAACUGUUACAUGAAUUUGUUAUGCAAAAACAGCAAGAGGGAAAGGGGCAAGCUUGCAAGUCUUGCAUCACAAAUUUGGUACGGAUUUAGGAGUUGUCUAGCCCUUCGAUAAUUUGUCAUGCGAAGCAGCUUGAUUGUCUUGCGACUCAUGGCCAUUUUGCAUGACAAUUCAUGUAACAGUUGAGAGUGUAACGCAUGAGAACGCCAUACAGGCGACGCACUCAAUACAGCCGUUUGACGCGGGCAUCGCGAUGUACUACUGCCAGCUGCAGCUCGGUAUGAUAUUUUUUCUGUGAGCUUGCCGAUGGAUGUUCAUGUACAUGUUGCACCAUAAUACGUACGAUUCAUUUAAAAUUAUUUGCUGUAGUGGAUAACGCUUGCGCUACAUCAACGACCGGGAGUAUGGAGAUCUCGAGGAACCACAUGUGGGCAACAUCGAGCAAUCUUCCAGACAUGGAUGAAAAUGCAAUUCGUUAUAAACAUCAGGAACCGAGAAGCAGUUUCGCUACAACGAUUUGGAUACCGAUCUGGUGCAAUCCAACGGGGAACACAUGAUCAUGGAGAAAAUAGACGAAUACUUCCGGGUCGAAGUGAAAAAAUCCGAUGUGAUAUCGCAUGGCAAAUCGAAAUCAUGAUAAAAUUUGCGAGGACCAUCAGGAUUAAGCUACUGAUUCUGAAUUUCGGAAAGAAAUCCGUGUCUGCUGCAUCAUGUUACUAGCAUGCUUGUUUUGCAUGAUUUUGAAAGAAUAUUUUGAUUUUCGACAAAUCAGAUGGUUGUUCAUAUCCAUGCUGCUGGACAUCAGUACUUAUUCCUCCACACAAUUAUGCAGAUGGAUUCACAUUGUGAUUUCGAUUUUUCUCCCCUCGCAUACCCUGACGUGAUCGGAUACACCCUGGACGGCAUCGAUCUGCAAGGCAGGCUAGAGUUCCGGGACACGAUGCACAACAGUCUGGUCGCCCAGUGCAUGUUUGACCUUCCCGGCGAUAAAUCCGGGGGUGCGAAGAGGAAACUGCUGGAAAACGCGGGGGCUUUGUCCGACAGCCAGCUAGACGACGCAAAAAUGACCCGCAGGUACCACCUGGCACUCCGGCCGCCGGUGCGGACGCAGGCGACCGCCAAGACCGAGCGGCCCGCGCUCACCGAGGUGAUGCUGCGGUGCCAAAGGUAUGUCGAAAAAAGGGAACUGGACGCGGAAAAGGAAAUUGUCUACGGCCCAAGGAGAGCGAAAAUGUUGAGACAGGUAUCUACUUCGAGUCGAGUCUGCGAAAUUGCAGUUUUUUCAUUCUUCUUUUUUCGCUCCUGUAAGUGAGAGACAAUAGAAGAACUGCCGCAAUCGCUCUAGCAAUUUUGAAGCGUUCAUGAUAAGUAUGUGCAUCUCGCUGACGGUCGCGCUCUACUGCCGAAAGAAACUUCUUACAGGCGACUGAGCUUCCUAUGGACGAGACCAAGCUGGUUCGUAACUGGGUCGAAGUGAACACGGCGCUCGUACGCAUAACCACGCAGAUCGAAGCCCUGACGCGGAAAUGCGACGCCACCAUUGACGACGCGGCGCUGGCGCAGAUCAAGGGCAGCCUGGAUUCCCUGCAGCAGGCCCAGGACCUGGACCAGCGGGCUGCCAACGUACUGAACCGCAACAGUAUGCUGCUCGCGCGCCAGAAGGAGGCACAGGACGCUGCCGAAUCCACCUCGCCGAAAAGCACCGGUGGAAGGGGGUUCUUUGGCUUUGGGUCCUCGUCGUCCUUUCUCUCCUCAGCCACAAGGAAGUCCUCCCCGACGAAGCAGGUCGAUAACCUGGACGAGGAGAAGGCCCUGAAGAUAAUACGUGCCGAGGUGGAGACCCGUUUGCAGAAGGCGAUUACCGGCGUGCAGGACCAGAUCGACGAGCUGCGCUCCAGCUACGUGGACCGGAGCACCCUGGACCGGGUGAUGACGCGGCUAGAUGGCAUAGAGCAGGAACUGUUUCGUUCCCAAAAUACUAAACCAUCCUCGCCACGGCGGGCCAGCUCGGGGGUGACCGCAGCGGGGGCCGUGCGGCACCACCGCUCCGGGGGCCGGACGUCCUCGCGGAGCGCACGAACAAAUGGCGCGCAGCAAGGAACGGGGGCAACGUCGCAACAAGAGGAAACGAGUGGCGGUAGUGUCUUCGGAAGUUUGUUCGGGUCAUUCUCCGGCGGUGGUACUACGAAGGGUGGCGGCAGUGACGAGAGUGCUGCAGCAGCUUCUACAACUACCCAAAGAUUUCAACCGCCUGCCAGAGGGUGACUCAGCCAGAGCCGCUCUGGCGUUCUAUGUAGUUUCCCGAUCAUGUCGUCAUGACAUAAAUUCUAAUUCAAGGGGACAUUGCGACGGGAUUUUGCGUUUUUUUUUGAAUUUUUUUUGCGCAGCUUCGGUUUGCAAAUUUUUUUUCAAGUGCGACGCGUUGGCGUUCGCUUUUGCAACUUUCAUCAUUAUGACCUGAUUUGUUUUUCUAAUUUGAUCAUCGGGACACAGUGUCCACUUUGCUGGAGUUUCGAAAAAUAUUAUACCAAAAUUAGCGCUAGGUCCUCGAGGCCUGGGAAGAAAGAAAGAAAAUUAAUGCGCAUCAAGAUUUUUCCACACACAUUUUCGUGUGAUGCGAGGCGGGAACUAUGGAGAGCCUCUUUACGUUUACGCGGUAAGAGAAUGAGACGCACGCUCGAUGCACCAGGGGCUGUGCUCAAAACCAAAUUGCGAACGCAACAAGCGACUGCAGAUCCACCGGUGAAUAAGCAGUAGUCGACGCGAUUCUUGUGGUAGGCGCAGGUGGUUUCUCCCCCAUGUAGUUUUGCGUAUACCUAAAGCGAUUCAAAAAUGGACUCCAUCUUCGAUAUGGUACACGUACAACAGAAUGAUUUGCCAAGACCUGUAUGAUGAACAUGAACUUGCAAGAAUUGUAAACAAAAAGAUAAAUAAUCAGAAGCUCUGCUGGCUAGUAAUUGUAGUAU